CCCUCGUACUUUCCGUUGUUUGCUAUUAAAUAUGGCCGAUCUGUUGCGCAUGCGCACCGCAAAAAAACGCGCAGGACCCUCGGAUGGUGCCUUGACAGGCACCGGUAGUCGUGGAGAUGGCUACGCUCGCGGAACUCUGCCGUGGAGGUGGCGGUGGGUCCGCAGUGCGGUCCUGGUGGUGGCUCUCCGCGCUACUGUUGCUCACGUCGUCGCUGCCGGUGGCCCGGGCGCUGGUGGAGGGUCUGUACUGCGGCACCGAGGUCUGCUAUGACGUGCUCGGGGUCACUCGGGAGGCCUCCAAAGCGGAGAUCGCUCGGGCUUACCGGCAGCUGGCUCGCCGGUACCACCCGGACAGGUUCAGACCUGGAGAUCUGGGGUUGGAGGGAGAGACUGCGGAGUCAGCCCAGCAAAAGUUCCUGCUCGUUGCCACGGCGUACGAGACUCUAAAGGAUGAGGACACACGAAGGGACUACGACUACAUGCUGGACCACCCCGAGGAGUACUACCAGCACUACUACACCUACUACCGCCGACAGCUCACUCCCAAAGUGGACGUCAGGAUCGUAAUCCUCGUUACCAUAUGUGCCAUUUCCGUUUUCCAGUAUUACAGUUGGCACAGUAGCUACAACGAGGCCAUUAACUGCCUGGCGAAUGUCCCCAAGUAUCGGAUCCAGGCCACGCUGAUCGCCAAGGAGCAGGGCCUCCUGAACCGCACCAAGGAGAAGGGCAAGAACCGGCGCUCCAAAGAGGAGAUCCGGGAGCAGGAGGAGGAGGUGAUCCGUGACAUCAUCAAAACGAAGAUCGACAUCAAAGGCGGCUACCAGAAACCCAACCUGUCCGACAUCCUGCUGUGUCAGAUUGUGUUGUUCCCCUGCUACCUCAUCAACUACGUCGCCUGGUAUGUCUCCUGGGUGUACCACUUCACCAUCUGCAGGGAGGAGUACGGCGACCAGGAGAAGCUUUACAUCAUCAGGAGGCACAUGAAGAUCUCCCAGUCUCAAUUUGAUAGCCUGGAUGAGAUCACCAGGCAAUCUUUCCUGGAAAAACAACUCUGGAUCAAAGAAAAUUACGAGCUGUACAGAGCAGAACAGGAAGAGGAGAUGAAGGUGAAAAUGGCCACCGACCCAAAGAUGAAGCGGUACAGACGGUGGAGGAAGAACGAAGGACCAGGACGGCUGACCUUCAUCGAUGACUGAUAGCCACAAGUCGCGACGUGCACACGUGCCUCAGUGCCAACAUACGUGGAUCAUGCCAAGGACAUGUACGGACUUACACACGGACAAACUGUUUAUAUUGUGAGAAAUAUUUUCAUAGGAAUGAGGCAAGAGCACAAUUAAGUGGAAUAAACUAAACUGCAAGCCGCAGGAGAAAUGUUUACAUUUUCUUUCAAUACAAGUAAUUUAACUUCCAUGUUACAUGUGCCACACCACCCUUUUUUUUUUUUUGGUCAUCCAG